AUGAAAUUAAUUUUAUUCUUAUUAAUUGUUAUUCAAUUAUUGAAUGGAUUAUUGUGUAAAUAUGAUAAGGAAUUAUUACGGCGUGAUUCGAUUGUUUAUGGAUUAGCAACCGUUAAUUAUACGAACGAAAAUGAUGCUUCGGUAUCAACGUGUUCGUUGCAGUUACAACAAUUCGUUGAUGGGGUUGAGAAUCAAACUUUAUGGGCUUUAAGAUUAAUAGAUACGAGUGGUGUACCAAACGAAGGUUUUCUAUGGGGUAAUAAUUUCUGGUUAGGCCGACAAAUACUUUGUUAUUUUUCACAAUUACGUGAGCCAAUUGCCAUUAGUGAUAAAUAUCCCACAUAUCAUAAUAUUACAGAAGAUGAUUAUUUUCCCUAUUCAAUUGAUUUUUUUGGUGCUUAUGUUCGACAUAAUUUUACAUUACAACAAAAAGCAAAUAUUUAUAAUGAGUAUACCAUCGACAUCGGUUUAUGUUUACCGUCAAUAUGUGAACACAAGGAAAUUGCCGAACGUUUACAAUUGUAUUUAAAUGAAAAACUAUUGAGUGUGCAAAAUUUAUACGAUUUAGAUUUGGAGGUAACACGAAUCAAAAGUGUUCGAGAUGAUUUUCGAUGGAUGAGUACAAAAAAAUUUUUUAUAAUGGUAAUUCUCGUAUCAUUAUUAACAAUAUUAACAGUUGUGGGCACUACAUAUGACGUAAUUAUAAAUCAACCAAUCCAAAAAGCUAAAAAAAGGCUUGAAGACAAUAUGCAAAAUGAAAAACUCCAUACAAUUAGCGGAAAAAUGUCACAUGGGCCUCCAGAAAUAGUUCAAGACAAAUCAAACAUAUACACUUUACAAGGACAAAAGAAUGACAAUAAGAUUUCAAGUGUAUGGGUACAAUUUAUUUUAUGUUUUUCAUGCUAUACAAAUACAAAAUCGGUGCUACGAACGAAAUUGGGUGAAAGUGGUUUAGCCUGUGUACAUGGACUACGUUUUGGUAGUAUGGCAUGGGUAAUUGUUGCCCAUUCAACGUUUUUCUCUGGUGAAUUUCUCACGAAUAAAAUUGGAGUGUUUAUUGUAUCACAAUCAUUUUUAGCACAACCAUUAGCAAAUGCGCAAUUAUCGGUGGACAGUUUCUUUUUUAUAAGUGGAUUUUUAGUCUCAUAUUUAUUUUAUAAAGAUAAAAUCACAAAAAUUGGUAAUAAAACUGUAGAAUUGGGGAAAACUGUCCUAGAAUUUAUUAUGGUAGUAUUAAACAGAUAUUUACGUGUUACACCAAUUCUUAUUUUUGCAAUUGUAAUAUAUUCUGUAAUUUAUGAAUAUUAUGCGAACACAGCAAUCGUGGAAAUGGGUGAAGCCGUACAUGAGAAAUGUUCCAAAUAUUGGUGGCGUAAUUUAUUAUACAUUGGAAAUUUAUUUGAUUGGGAUGAGCUAUGUUUAUCAUGGAGCUGGUAUUUAGCAGCUGAUAUGCAAUUCUUUUUAAUUUCAUUGAUUUUAUGCUUUGCAUCAUUGUUUUUAUUGAAAGCAUCGAUAUCGAUUAUGAUUUUAUUAAUUAUUGCGUCAUGUUUAUGCACAACAUAUAUUUCAUACGAAGCUAAAUUUAUUCCCACAUACGAUGAAACGGUAAAUAGUUUGGGUCCAUUGUAUUCCCGUCCAUGGAUACGAAUUGGUCCAUAUUUAGUUGGUGUUAUAACUGGAUAUUUUGUUGUGAAAGUUAAAGGACAAUUAGACAUCAAAAAGAGUUUGGUAAUAUUUUUCUGGAUUGCUGCAUCUUUAUUGAAUUUAUACAUUUUAUUUGCACUUAUGAAUCGAAAAAUCGAUGUUGUAUAUUCAGCAUUCUACGCUGGAUUCCAUCGUACUUUGUGGGGAGUUGGUUUAGCAUGGUUAACUAUUGCAUGUAUUACAAAACAUGGUGGUAUUGUUAACAAAGUACUUUCUUGGCGAGGUUUUAUACCUCUAAGUCGUUUAUCACUUUGUGCAUACUUGCUGAAUCCAUUUUUUGUCACAUUUUACAACUUGAACAAUGAACAAGGGCACUAUGUAACGUAUAUGUCUGCUAUUGUUCUCAGUGCGGCCGAUGUAUUGAUAUCAUUUAUUCUCGCAUUCUUCGCAACAAUAUUAAUUGAAUACCCGACAAUACGUUUAAUUAAAUUAGGUUUUGCAAAACAAGUUGCGAAACGAUAAAAGUAAAUUCAAUUCUAGGAUUUGAUUUAAGCUAUAUAACUAGGAAACUAUUCAGUUUCAAACAUGUAUUUAGCCAUUUGUGAUAUUUAUUUUAAAAAAUGUGUGUAUACUUUUUA